AGGAAGGCGCCUAGGGCUAACGAGAACUCUGCAGGCUGAGGGCGUCUAUCUCCUCCUCGCUAUUUCAGCCUAAUCAUCUUCCAUCAACGAAAUCCUUCUCUGUCAGGAUUCUACGAAUUACCACGUCCCCAGCAUCUACGGCGAAUACCUGUUAUUGGCUCAUCGUAAUCGAUCGGAGUGACUAUUUCGACCUUGCUUACGGUUGUCACUAUGCGCCCUACAUCGCCAGCUCGUUUCGCCCCCCCUUUACGGGCUCCUACCGUCUGCCCUCGACCACUGUUCCUCGGCGCCGCAACAGCAGUGAGGACAAGUACGACAAAAGCGCAGCAUGCUUCUCGAUCGUUUUCCUGUCAGACCGCACGCUCGGGUCUCGUACAAAACUCGGGAGCGAAGUCAAAGAUCCCCUACGCCGCCUUCAGCUUCGAGCAUCUUGGAAUCAGCAACAAAUGGAACAAGUACAUCAUGAUCUUCUUCAUCACCAUGGGCACCCUCGAGACCUAUCUUUGGUACAAAUACCUUCCCGCUUGGUGGAAGGCUCACAGCAACACUGCCACUGAAUUCAAGAAGCAAUGUGACGGUCCUCAGUCCCACACCGCCACUGAUGCCAAAUGAUGCAACACAACGUGUCGAGGUCGCUACGUUCAUUUCGAGCCUCAUGCAGCCACGCUAUAUACAGCGAUGUUCCGCCCCAGAUGGGUACCACAACAUUGUAAUGGUCCGUCUAAACUCGGCUUGCUGCCCCAAGAAGGCAUUCGAAACGAAGCGCUUAGAUCAAGCGCAUCUCGAACGCAUUGUCAUCUCAACUGCAUCAUCUACCGCCUCUCAAUCUUCACCACUACACCGCUAUCACCUUUAUGUUGAAAGAAGACGGUUCAAGGGCGCGGAGAAACGUCGCAGUCAUCACCAUCAAUAUCGCCAUCACAGACUUACCUGUCAUUAGCGUCGUUACGCAUGGACUUUGUUACCCCUUGUUCAUCCUCCCCAGCGUGAAGCCCGACAUCUUGCGUUUGACGAGCAGCAAUGAGGCAGUUACGCCAUGGCUUUUGCCCACAUAUCCAACAGAGGUUUGUCUUCUUUUACCACGAAGACUCGAGUCGGGUAUGUCCCCCACGUUGUACUGCCAAUUAUACCUGGUGAAGGAUCUGUCUGCUGGCACUUCAACAGGGCAUGCAACCCAGCCAACCAAGUAAUUGGCCAAAAUAGCAGCAAGUUAAAUCCAUCUUGAAUGAGACUUGGCAGAACUCUACCGAUCUAUACGGGGCGUCAACAAAGUCUUUGCAUCUAGAUCAACUUAUACCAAGAAUGGAAUAGAAUCUCGCGCGAAACCAAGAGUCUCUCUGGCACAAGGUUGGAAGGGGUUCUCUGUUCCAUUUACACUGUUUCUUGAUCGAAAAGCUGCCCCAGCCCCAUGACCAUCUCUUACUCCCGCCGUCGCUUAAACUUCCGAUUAUGGACGAAGUUAUUCCGGAAUUCUGAUGAGAAUCCAUCCCCCAGACAGGCUUCUCAAGGCUGGCACUAGCCGCCGCUCGGGAUCUCUCCUUUGCAAUACCUCACAUCAAGAGCAGAUCAGCCAGAUGCACAUGGUGGCAAUGGAAGAUGGGUGAGACUAUGGGAUGAGCAGGGGUAAAGGCUGAGGCAUCUUCCCAUUGCAUUGGUUGGGUAAAGGAACCGAAAUGCAGCAUCCGCAACCCCAAAUCACUGCAUCGAGAUGGCCUCUCUCAGUUUCCCACGUAAGCGCAGGGUUUACCGUUGAACACUCUAUUAACCUUG